AUGGAGGAGGCGCCGCGACCCAAGCGACCCCGCCAGCCGAGGGCCGACCCGAUUGCGUUGGUACGGGAGUUGUUCGGCGGUUUUCCCGAGUUCCAGCGCACCAAGGCGCAGCUCAUCGAGAAGAGCGUUCCCGCUGCGCCACCGCUCAGGUCUCCGCCUGUCGACAGGGAGGUCACAGCCCACGGUGUCGCACAUCAUCGUGCGCAGGCCUGGCAGGAGACUUGCUCGCUCCGCGCGCUGAAUGGCGAGGCCUGGCCCAAGGAGGCCCAGCAGCAGGAAGAGCGUGCCAUCGCUUCGGAAGACGGCAGCAGCGUCACGGCUGGACUCGCGAUCGUCUACUCGCCGCUCUUCGACAUCGCGGGCUUGGGCCUCGACGACGCCGACGGGUCAAGACGGAACCCGACACCAGCGUCCAGGCUGAGCCCCACGGGAAACCGCUCGCAACUGGCGGAGCGGCCAGCUCGGGCGGGACUGCGGCCGUUGCUGCUGUUGCUGAUCCCGGCGGCGGCGGCGCUCACAUUCUCGUUCCAGGAGACGCACCCACAACCGACAGAGGCAGAGGCAACGCGGCAGGCCGCCGCAGCCAAAGCGAAGUCCAUCGUGGACGAACGCAGCCGUGACGCCAUAGAGCAAGGAGAGGGCUCGAGCUUCUUCGACGACGGGCAGCACGAGGAUCGCGCUGGUCACCUGCCUUGGGCCAAAUGGGCGGGCGUCGCCGCGGGCUCAAAGUUGGAGCAGGCUGCGCGAGCAAGCCCUCGCAAGUUCGCGGCGCGCUGCGGCAUGUUCCGUUGCGCGGUCUGCGAGCUGCAGUCUGGCAAGGAGGGCAUUUCCGAGGAGCUGGACCUCUCGAGCCUUCACCUCUUCACGCAGGACAUGAAGAUCAAGCGGGCGACAACUCUCAUCUGGGCGGACGAGCCCCGGUGGUUAAAGAGGUGCGAGAAGGCGGACCUGAGCUUCUGGGCGGGCAUGGGCGGCACCGAGGGCCGCGACAUCGCAGACUGCCUCGUCAAGUACGCCGGUAUGAAGCAGCUCACUGCUCUGGUCGAGGAGAGGCGCAUGGUGGAGGACGACGACGAGGGGGAGGCUGACAAUCUUGAAGCCGUCGCCUUCAAGGACAAUGUCGAGCAAAUGGUGCAGUCCAACGAGCUGGCUUGCGGACUGCACGCGGUCAUUAGGCACACGGCCGAGGACAGGUCGAUCAAGUCAGACCUGGCGGAGGUCAGCGCGGCCCUUCGCACCAUAAAGUUCGUGGCCACGAAGACCAAGCUGCGCAGCGCCCUGUAUUGGAAGACGGUGGACGACAGCAAGAAGGAGGAGAAGAAGGAGGAGGAGGACGACGACGAGGUCCUGGACGUUGAGGGCGGCUCGGAGAAGAAGAGGAGGAAGAUCGACAAGAGCGUCAUCACCGGCAGCGAGCUGGAGCAGCAGGUCUACUUCGACGAGAAGGAGCGGGCCGUGUACAUCGGCGACGCCAGGUUCGGAUCCGCCACAGACGCCUUCACCGCGGAGCUCAUCUUCGCGCUGCGGCGCGCCCUGCCCCUGCUGUUCCACGUGGACCAGUUCCUGCUGGAGGCGCUGGCGAGGUGCGCGCUCCAGGAGGGCCCGUCGGGCAUCCCGCCCUUCCUCGAGAAGCGCGACAUCCCGGUGGACAUCCUGCUGGCGCCCCGACACCUCGGGCCCGGGGACCGGCUCCCAGCGGAGCUCCAGGACCACCUGCAGUGGGCGAUGGACGCCACGUUCGGAGAGGGCGAGACCGUCUCUGUCUUGGUGGGUGACGUGUUCACGAUUGCUGAGGCUUGGAUCGGGAAUCUCUCAGGCACCUCAGAGCUACGAAGGUGUAGCCUGGAGCGCGAAGGUGCCCCCACGGCGCGGGAGCGCGAAGUCGGGUGGCCCCAGACCUCCGCCGCCGUGCUUCUGCAGGGGCACGGCGGCAGGCGCGGCGACCGCGGCGGGAGCCCCUCGGCCGGCCGCAGGCGGCGCCGCCGCGAGAGGAGCGGCCGGCGCUCGCGCUCCGCGGAGGCGGCGGAGGCGGCGGGCCGCGGCGCGCCGGCCGCGCCGCGGGAGCCCUCGCCCGCGCCCGCCGCGCCGCGGGGCCGCAGCCGGUCGAGGGGGCAGGCUCAGGAGCCAGCUCGACCGCAUGCAAUAAUGAGCAAGGGCUUCAUCACCCUUGGUAGUGUACGCUGGCUCCCAGACAUGAUGUCGAACGCGCUGAUGGCUGCAUCUGCUCGGUACCCCAUCACGCUCAUGUUGGUUGGCCUGUCCAUAUGUGUCGGUGCCGUUGACGUGCGCAGCUGUGAUUGGGUGGAUGGCCACCUGCAGGUGAAAUGGAAGGCACCCGCAGGUACACCGUCUGAUUACUACGAGAUCCAGCUGUCUAGGACGUCAGAUGGCCAAGCUUUCGGGAUCUUUUCCACUGCAGCCUUGUCAGCAGACAUCGACUCCCUGUCGCCAAGCACGACCUACUGGGUUCGAGUGCGCGCGCACGCGCGAGGCACUCCAAGUCUCGGCCCUGGCACUUGGAGCAAUCCUGGCGCCGCCAGGGAAUGUCGCACCGGUGCCGUUCCCGCGCCCGUGGCUUCAACGAGGCGGACGGCACCUGGAACCAUGACGCUCGAGGUCAUGCGCGAGUCGGAGUUUACGUACGACGUUGAUUACCUAAUGAACCACAACUCUGGGAGCUUGUUGGGAGAUGUGUCGCUUCUCACCUUCUCCACGUACCAGGGCUGGCUGAACGUGACUAUGCAGAAUGCAACGUAUACGGUGUUUUGUGUGGACAUUGUGUCGACACGGAUUCCUGACACUAUCACCACAGGUGGAAACGAUUCAUUCGCGGAUUAUGCGUCCUGCAACAACAACGAAAAUGCAACCGAUCCGCAGUGCGAGUGUGACAUUUCGAUAGAUCGCAGGAUCGGUGGACUGAACGUCGACAAAUAUUGCCGUCAGGCUGACGGGUCGGCUUGCCACCCCUUCCGUGACCGUGACCGAGAUUGCCAUUGCAAUUGCACGAGGUCUAGCUUGCAGUACUCCGCCACUUACACCGGCAUGAUGCCAGUGUUCUUUGGCGGACAGCAAGCGCUUGGCGCUUGGUACUCGCAUCCGAAGGCCACCGAGUGUGCAGAGCACGAGGAGCUCAGGGAGCGUCGAAGCGAUGGCACAGUGUGCACUUGGAAGCGUCGACCAGCUGCACGAGUGAUGCGGGGCUGGCAGGUAUUGGAGGCGGGCUGGAACGCGUCAUCGGGUCCCAUGCGCAGCGUGGAUCCAGGGCAGGUUGCGCAGAACGCCGCCGUCGUCCGAAAGGACGCCUCAUCCGCAGCGCAGCGCCAUCCCGCCGCAGAGCCUCUGCGGAGCGUGGGCCCGCAGUUUUCCAGCAGGCGCAGCGACAGCUCCUCGGAGGACGGGCACGCGGCCAGCGGGGCCUGGCAGCUCGGCAGCGCGGGGCUGCGCGUGCUGGCGCAGCGGGAGGUGUCGGUGGAGGCUUUCAGGCCUGCGUGCUGCUGCGCCGCCGCCGAUGCCGAAGAGUUCGAGGCAGCGAGCGGAAAGAAUAUAGGCGCGGUGGUCACCUGGGAGCUGUUGCCAGUCGCGGUGCCGCCGCUGGGACAGGCCCUGGCGCAGGUACCAAAGGGGCCUUCCUGUGGCGGCCCGUUCUACAGGAUCGCCGUCCCCGCUGCGCUGAGAAAGCACUUCGUGUUGCUCGCGGCGGACGUGAACACCCUGCGGCAGGCGCUUCCCGACUCCGCGCGCCCCUUGCCCACGUGGCUGCAGGCGUCGCCUCGGCUGGCGGCGUCCCAGGCGCACGGCGCGUUGGAACGGGUCGGCCUCAAGUGCAAACGUUUGGACGAGCCGAGCCUGGAGGCCUCGUUCACGGAGCUGAGCAGGAGCCGCCUUCGGCACGCGGCCAACCGAGGCGCCGCCGCCAGCGAGGAGCUGCGAGUCUCCCUGGCACGAUCUGCCACGGGUGCGCUGUCUCGUGGAGAGCUCCUCUGGCUUCUCCGCGGCAUCUCGCCUCUUGGCGUGGACUGGAAGGCAGCGCCGCCGGCCAUGGGAACGCAGCUGAGACAAAGCUCCGCACGGUUGUAG